GUUACCGGUUGUGUUUAAACAGAAUUGAAAUUAGAGUUGUAAUUGUUCUGCUUACAUCGUGAUUCUUAUAAAGAACGGUUAUAAUCAUGUUGCAAUCAAUAUUUGACGAUAUGCGACGAAUGAAUAAACGUCAGUUCCUGUAUCAAAUGUUAAGUUUUGGUAUGAUUGUUUCAUCUGCCUUAAUGAUUUGGAAAGGUCUGAUGGUCGUAACAAGUAGUGAAAGUCCAAUUGUGGUAGUUCUCAGUGGUAGUAUGGAACCAGCAUUUCAUAGGGGAGAUUUAUUAUUCUUAACUAAUUAUCACGAUGAACCAGUCAGAGUAGGAGAAAUUGUUGUUUUCAAAAUUGAAGGUAGAGAUAUACCAAUUGUGCACAGAGUACUUAAACUACAUGAAAAGGGUGAUGCAAAUGAUACUAUUAAAUUUCUAACAAAGGGUGAUAACAAUUCUGUUGAUGAUAGAGGUUUAUAUGCACGUGGUCAAUUAUGGUUGACACACGAGGAUGUUGUUGGUAGAGCAAGGGGUUUCUUACCAUAUGUAGGAAUGAUUACAAUAUACAUGAAUGAAUAUCCCAAAAUUAAAUAUUUUGUCUUAAUGUGUUUAGCAAUAUAUGUGUUGAUACACAGAGAAUAAGUGUAUUUCAUAUGGUAAAUUAUAUGAAAUAAAGUGUUAUUGCAGCAUUGUAAAAUUAAAUCCUAAUUGAUAACUUAAAUAUAC